ACGUCUCGCCUCGCUUCAACACCUCACCCAGAUUAACACUGUUGUGCCCUCAGUCGACAUGCUCUAGUGCUGCUUUAAGAUUUUAUUAGACGAGGUCUGAUAUGUGUUGACCUCACAGGGUGAUUUCAACUGUAGAAUCAUGGGAAGGUGGCGACAGAAGUAAACCAAAAAGACGGGCCAUGAGGAGGUUUUUCCGGGCGCAGAGGGAUGAAGACUUUGGUCGGAUCCAUUACCUGACAGCCAAGUGUACGCAUUUGGCUCGAGACAAAGCUGUGUUAGACAGGGAGGUCCUGUUGUCCAGGGAAAGGGAAAAGAAGCUGCAAGGAGACUUCCAAGCUGUGGCUGCUCAACUUUUCAACCUGGAGAAGACCAAUGUGGAGCUGAGGAGGACACAGGACCGGCUUCUUAGCACCAUCCACCAGCAGCAGGAGUUGGUGGAGUUGCUCCAGCAGCGUGUGAUCAUCCUGGCAGGGGAGAGCGAGCGCGACACACAGCUGCUGCGUCAAAUGUGCUCGGAGCUGCUGUGCCUGCAAAGCUCUGAGAUGUGGUUGGAGGGCCUGGUGGAAGAGCUGCAGGCCGAAGCCCAGAUGCAACGCAGCAGGGAGGCCGACAGCCUUCGGGCGGAGCUGCACACCGAGGCCCACUGCGGUAACGCAGUAAAGGAGGGCCUCCGUGUGGAGCUGCAAAUUAAGACGGCGGAGUUGGAGAAGCUUCGUGACGCCAACAAGAUGCUGACGGAGGAGUUGAUGGAUUUGCGUUUUGUUCAUGAGGAACAGGUGAGAGCUUUGCGAGGGGAGAAUGACAGUGGUUCGAGGAAGCUCCAGGAAACACUGCAGCAGUUUGAAAUGCUGUGUCAGCAACAGCGCUACUGGAUGGUGUGCGUCAAAAGCUUUAAAAACAGCUUUUUGGAGGAGAGAGAAGGUCUGCUUCAGAAAGUCCGCACUUUGGAAAGUUCGGCGAAACAGUUCAAGACGUCAUGCGAUCACGUUUCCCAGCAAACGCAACACUGCCCCCUACAGUAUGACAGCUGCUGUAACAGGUUAGCAGAUGCGAUCUGUCGUCAUGGGACACUGAUGAGGAGAUGAAUAUCAACUAUGAGGAGUGCCCACAACAGGCGGGGAGUACUAUCAUCAGAUACCAAAAACCUCCUUGAAGAUUAAAAAGUCUGCAGCCGGGAUGUGCAAACCACAGUGUGGAAUACAGUGGAAGCGAAAGGUGAACAAAAGUGCUGGUUUGGAGUUUACUCACAGUUUUGUGGUAAAAAGCAUCCUCAAAAUUCAAAUAAAAUGAUCAUAUUAUGGCAUUAGCAAAUCAACAAGCGUGAUUUGAUUUGGCUUAUAAAUGUACUGAAUAGAGCCAAUUUUAAACUGAUUGACAUAUUGAAGUGUCUGAAGCCACUAGUUUUGCUUGGUUUGAUUUUAUGCUGCAGUGUUUAAUUUCUUUCUACAAAUCAAAGAGAAAAUAUGCAGAAAUAUAUAAAGAAAAUAUCCUAUAGAAAAAUUAUACGAGUAUGUCAAUGUCGAUGAAGACAUUUUUUUUGUCUAUGCUGAAAAUAAUUUCAUACUUUUCUGAAAUGAUCAUUAAAAAUAAUAGAUGGUUUUUUUUUUUAAGUAGAUCAAUGAAGUUCUAUUUUUGGGUAAGAAAAAAGUCCUAAUACUUACUAUGAGAACAAUGGCACAAAUCUUUUAGAAUAAAAUUCUGUUGAGAGAAGAAUAUCAAAUUUAAAAAAUAAUGAUAUAAUGGCUUUUAAUAAUAGUUUACUAGUUUAAUUAUAGUUCUUUUCUCAAGAAAAAAAAUAUAAUGAAGUAAUGACAUAUUUUCUGUCACCUUUUGAUCGUGUCUACUAAACACAUAACUGACAUGAAGGCCAAUUUGUGGUUGACCAUUCAUGAGUUAACUAAACUGUAGGUUUAGUGAUGGCUAUACUUGCCAGAUGUGGUAGAAAUCAGAUUGAUAUCAGAUUCUUAAAAUUGGCAAGUUAAUUGUGACCCAAGUUCCACUCUUUCCUGAAUGCACUCAUCAUCUAAAGACCUUGCCAUCUGUCGUAGCACAAUGCUGUGCACAUGGAUGUGCGUGAACCCUAACUGGCUCAGCCCAUGGGUAACGGUGGGGGCCCCCCAGAUAUGCGCUCGGAUGGUCGUGUGAGCAGGUGAUGCGCGGUGUGGAGGUCGUUCCAGUUUUUAAACUGGAAAAGUCUGUUACUGUCAUACGGAGGCCAACGUCAGCCGCCGGCCUGCGGGACAGAUGUGUUCCACGUGGAGCGUUCCCGUCUGCGGACUGUUUACACUGGCUGCUUAAGAUGGGCUCAUAGCAGUAUUCCAGUGAAAGUAUGACUAGUAUUCUCAGUAGUUGUUCCCAGGAUAAUUUUUCUAAUUCACACAGACUAGCGGCUAAACUUUAAGAAGGAAAAGAAUUUCAAAUGGAAGACUAUUCCUUUGCUGUUUUUCUUUAACUGUAUUGUGAUGCUAUGACAAAAAGAGACAUGAAAUUGAUCUUAAUAAGACACAGGUACGGUUAACACCACCUAUUUGCGGUUUACUUUUUACAAAUUUGCUUCUUUCUUCUGCGGAGGUUAUUCUCAGCUAUUUGUGUAAUCCCUGCACAUUUGUUGGGGACCCUUCUGUAAUUCUCCAAGAUGGCACAAGAUGGCUCCAAAGUCAUGGCUAACAGGUUAGUUGGCUAAUUGGUGUAAAGGACUUAAUUAUGUUGGAGUGAUACAUCUUGGCUGUUCUUAGAUAUUUUGCAUGUCUAAAAGGAUCUAAGUUUAGAAUGUUUAGAAUUUCUGGGUCUUUUUUGGAAAAUCAAAUCUCUUUUACUUUUUACCAUCAAUGCUAUAAGCUCAAGAUAUUUGAAUGCUUUAGAUCACAUUUUUUUGUGUAUUCAAUUCAUAUAUACUGUCCACAUAAGCAAAACAAUGUGGCCAAAUUAUGUUUAAAACAGCAAAUUGCUAAUAUAAAGGCAUUCAUUAGCAUUCCUGCUAACAACUCAAGUAGGCGUAAGAUACCCCACUAUAAGGAUACUAUUACAAGUCAUUAUAUUUUCAAUUCACUGCUUUACUUCAUUUUAAAUGCAAUGACAGUUAAAAAUGAUAUUUAGAGCAGUGUCUCCCACAAUUGUAUUAGCCAAAGCACAUAGUUUACAUUCAUAAAAUUCACUAAACACCAUCAAACAAAAACACUUGAAUCAUGAUGAUAUCAUCUCAAUUUACUCAUUCUUGAAAAUGCGGGUCUGUGAAGUUAAGCUAUUAAGCUAUUAGGCUAUUAUUCUGUUAUUUAAAUGGCAGCAGCUGUAUAUACAGGUCAAUUGUACCUUUUCCCAUCAAGUGGAAGAGCAUUUAACUAUUCUUUUGAUCACGUUCCGUCAUAAAUAGAUGUAGAUUGAUACAUUAUUAUUAGUAGACAAAUAUGUUUUUGGACCAAUCUAGUGAAACUGGAAAACAGUAGUUGGGAAUCACUGACUUCAAGCAUUGCCUGUACAGUUAAGAAUAUUUUUCUGAUGCAUUUCAAUGAGGAAUAGCUGGGUCGAUUGCAGACUUUAAUGAUGCAGUACUUGUCAACUUAUUUCAUGUGUAGUCAAAUACAAGGUGUGCCAGGUUGUAAACAGUCUCUUCACUGUUUUAUUUGUGUGUGUGUGUGUGUGUGUGUGCAUGCGUGCGUGUGUGUGUGUGCAUGCAAAAACAUCUGCAAUCUAUUUUCUCUCAGAACUGAAAUGGCUGUUGGGUGCCAGGGCACGACUGUUUCCGGCCCCAUUGCCCCCACCUCCAUUUAGAUUUUUCUUUUCUUGAGACAGAUUGGUCACACUUUGUCACUUUAAAAACAGCGGAGGACAUGUAAGGGACACUGAGUGGUCUUCAUGGUUUGACUGAAGGACAACUGAAGACUUAUCCAUUGAGGACUACAUCACAGGCUUCAUUUCCAUUCAUUAAUGGCACGAGAUGUAUACUACACCGAAUGGUGAAAUUGAUGGCUCUAUUGUUUUACUUGUUUCUCAAUGUAGCCCUUUUAUAUAGGGCAAGUAAUUAUAUUAUUUUUAUUUUAUUUUUUUUAAAUGGUCAUUGACACAUCCUAGACAUCCCUAAAUUCCUGGUGUGGAGCACACACACAUAUUUAAACUGAUUUAAAUGAACAGUACAUUAUUAUUUACCAUUUUAUUGAGUUAUUUAUUAAAUUGCUAAAUAUUACACCAAAUGAAGUUAAAACGAAGUUGAAAAUCAAUAUUCAAACAAUACUGUACAUCUAAAUGUAUGCAUUAAACACCUGGUUGUCCCAUUGGUAUAUGUGCCGUGCUUUGUUACAGCUCCAGCUGUUAUUAAAUGCUCUAUAUAAAUAAAGUUGCAUUGUAUUGUA